AUGAAUUCCUUUCAUGCGUCAGAUGAUUUGGAGUUUUAUCCAAAUGAGUGUAUCGUUUGUCACAAAACGAGAGAUUUGAAAAGAUGUAGUCGUUGCAAUAUGAUCUCCUAUUGUGGAAUACCGCAUCAAAAAGAUCAUUGGCCCAAGCAGAGUGAUUUUUGUAGAAUUAUCUCAACCAUUCUGAAAGAAAGAGGAGUCACACACAUUUUCGAAAAGUUGCGUGAUGCUAAUCCAUCAACUUGGAAAAUGCAGCGAAUGUCUAUCCGAAACUUAGUGGAACUGAAACUCAGACGACCUCUUCUCGUGAUAGAAGAUUUUAUGUUUAGAUUUCCACGAUCAUGCUUCGUUUGCUACGAAUCCAGGCAAGAUUUAUUGAUAAAUUGUCCAGGUUGCCCAUCCGCAAGUUUUUGUAAGGAUCAUCUCAGCAGUCCUAUACACGACAAAGAUUAUGCAACAAUAAAAGAAUGUCACAAAAUUGCACUUAGUCCUGAUAUCAGAUCAGUAAAUUUUUUAUUCGCCAUGUCUUCAGUCAUAAAUAACACAAAAGUUUUUAAAUACUCGAAGCUACCUUCUUCAUUGAGGGAAUAUUUAUGCGAAUUCGCCAAACCCACAUGCAAAAUUACAGAAAAUUUGACACUCGGCAUAUCUGAUUUUUUUACUGCACCAUUAACAAUUCACAGGUCUCUGCAGAUACUUGGCUUACACUCACUUUCGCAACUAACUCUUCACAUAGGAAAUUACGGAAUUCCAAUAAAGAUUACAGAUCCAUGGGAGAGUCUUUUACAUUUACUCCCAAAUUUGAAAGAGCUGCGAAUUUUAAUGGUAGACUAUAGUUAUGAGAUCAAUUUUGAUAAGGAAACUAAUGUGAAACUGCUCAAAAUGUCGUUCUGGGAAAAGAAAAUUAAGUGUAGAUUCUCUUGA